UAAACCAAUUCGCGACUGGCGAUAGUGGAAACUCACAGGCUUUGGUGUUUUACAAUAGUAAUCACAAUUUAUUUAUUUAAUACUAUAAUUAAAUUAACUUGUUCUAAACAAUUUCUGGGUGUUGCUGUACGGUUCGUUAUUAAACCGUUCCGCGGGCACAUUCGCACGAUGGCAGAUCAGUCUGCAUUGGUUGACCAAUACUUCGAGUCGGCGCUGUCUUUGGUGAAAACUUCCGGAAACCUUAUAAAAGAUCAUAUUACUGGAUGCAAGGACUUCGAAUUGAAGUCGUGUGAUAUCGAUUUGGUGACAGAAAUAGAUAAAAAAGUAGAAGAAACUUUGAUUGGAGGGAUUUCAAAAUUAUAUCCCGACCAUAAAUUUAUCGGCGAGGAAUCGGUGUCUGGUGGCGCUAUGUGCGAGCUAACUGAUGCGCCCACAUGGGUGAUAGAUCCAGUCGACGGAACUAUGAAUUUUGUCCACGGUUUUCCACACAGCUGCAUCUCUUUGGGACUUCUCAUCAACAAGGAGGCAGUUGCUGGUAUUGUGUACAAUCCUAUCCUGGAGCAGUUGUUCACAGCAAAGAAAGGUCAAGGCGCGUUUUAUAAUGGCCGACAGAUACAUGUGUCUCAAAUUAAGGAGUUGAGUAAGGCUUUGAUCAUGACAGAGGCUGGUACAAGUCGAGACCCAGAAAGACAGAAAGUUCUUUUUGAAAACUUUAAAAUGAUAAUUACUAAGGCUCAUGGCAUUAGAACCUUGGGAUCUGCUGCCUUGAAUAUGUGCAUGGUGGCAUUGGGAGGGGCUGAUCUGAACUUUGAGUUUGGUAUUCAUGCUUGGGACAUCGCUGCGGGUGACAUUAUAGUCCGUGAAGCUGGUGGGGUCUGUAUUGAUCCCGCUGGUGGCCCGUUUGAUAUUUUAUCUCGUAGGGUCUUGUGUGCAAGCACUGAAGAGCUGGCACUAGAAAUGGCCAAAAAUUUGAGCCAAUUUUAUCCUGAGAGAGAUUAAACAUAUGGAUAUGAUGUGAGUCUCAUUAUUGAUGCUAUGUAAUGUAAGGUCAGUAAAUUUAAAGUACUUGAAGGACAUUGUAUGAAGGACCAUUAAAUAUUCUCUAGAAAACCAACUCAAAUACUUUUGCUGUAAUAUAGCAAUUAUGUAGCUUUUUCAUACAAUUAUGUAUUCAGUCAGUUAUACAUUUGUUUUUUGUGUAUAAAUUAUUUAGAGGUACAUAUUUAUAUAGCAAUCUACUUACUACGAAUUAUUAUUUUAUGGUUGAUGUGACUAGUCUGUUCUAGAAUUCACUGUACUUAAUAUUAGAAUUUAAAAUAUUUAUUUAGAUCACUAUUUAAUAGUGACUCUGAUAAUACAUGUAAUGAACAAAAAUCAUACCAAAUGAAUAAAACCGUAUAUAAUAUACAACAUAAUAGACACAAUGAUUUAAGACCAAAAAUCUUGAUAUUUUUAAGGCAUUUACUCAUGAAUGUAUUUUUCUGUAAGAUAUGAUUUUUACUUUAUUUUUCUUUCUUCUUAGGCUAGGUCAUUUAUAAUAUGAAUAUAAAAGUAAAAUAUAAAAACACUUACAAAACAAUAAAAAAUACAUAUAAACACAUUAUAAAAAACCUAACCUAGGGUGCCGCCAGCAGCGGGGCAAGGCCCAAGCUACCGGUGGUCAGGGCUGCAGAGAGAGGAACCGACGUACUAUCCGCGCCGUGUCCAAGAUCACCGCCUUCUGCAUCUGUCCCUUGAUCCAACCACCUAGCGAGAGUCUCUCGAGAUGUUGGUCGAGACUCUUCGCUAUUAAACUGUUCACUGAAACGACUAUCGGGACAAUGAUCGUCGAAUCAACAUCCCACAUCGCGGUUAUCUCGUGAGCCAAGUCUAGGUACUUACUGGACUUGUCCUUCUCGGCCUUCACGAGAUUCUCAUCAUGGGGGAUGGUGAUGUCAACGAGCACGGCCCGACGUUGCGAUCGAUCUAUUAAUUAUGAUUUUUAUUAUUAAACGGUAGGUUAAGGUUACCUACCUUAACAUUUUCGGUGCUGUGCACCCCAUUUCCAGUACAAAAUGAACACACAUACAUGUUCUUGGCAGUACAUGUGUUAAAUUAUCAGUUUUUGUACUAGAAUGGCUAUGAUAAUUAUUGUUACGGAUUUUAAUUUAUUAGAAUUUAUAAGCAUACAAAAAUGUAUAUUCUGUUGUGAUGUGGGUAAUAAAAUGACGUCAUGUUGUAUAAACUUUUAUU